AACAAGAGCUGCGUGUCAUGCAACUCAGCCAACCUGCUGCCAUAAAAAAAGUAAACAUUAUUGUAUAUACUUUUACAACGCGCAAAUCUGUCAAUGUUUGACCUUUAACAACUAAUGUAAGUUUAUUUUUCCUUUAAACACUCCUAACUUGCUUGAAGAACAAAACAGCUGGAGGGUUUUAGUGCAGCUUUACGGAAGCCGGUGUUACUUUGUUAAACAUGGCUGACGACUUUGGCUUUUCGGCUUCCGACAACGGAGUUCAUGCAGAAGAAGAUCCGGCCGCGGCGUUUCUGGCCCAGCAGGAAAAUGAGAUCGCCGUGAUCGAGAACGACAGCGCCGGGUUCGGCGCGCUGGAGGACGGCGGACCUCCGCCCGCGAACACGUACACGUCGUUCGGAGGUGAUUUUGAAGAAGCACCAGCUACUGCUGUAAACGGAGAUAUGUUUCAAGACACCAACGGCACAACAGACAGCUACUCAGCCAUUGCCCAAGUCGACAUACAGAGACAAGAACCUGAAAGCCUUCGCAAAUGGAGGGAGGAACAAAAGGCUCGGCUGGAGGAAUUAGAUGCAGCUUCUAAAGCAGCUGAGGCUGUGUGGAGGGAAAAGGCCCGGAAGGAACUAGAGGACUGGCAUGUACACCAGAGUGAACAGAUGGAGAAGAAUAAAGCCAACAACAGGAUCGCUGAUAAGACUUUCUACAAACAGCCCAACUCUGAUGCCAUUGACUUUGUAGUGUCAGAGGAGGCCUUCCUCAAGGAGUGCGAUGAUGACAGUCCUGGAACAGAAUGGGACAAAGUGGCGCGACUAUGCGACUUUAACCCCAAAACCAGCCGUCAGACUAAAGACGUGUCUCGGAUGCGCUCCGUUCUUAUUUCUCUAAAACAGAUGCCUCUGCUUCGCUAACAUAACUCCCUCUUGUAUUUCCUAGGCUUUCUUUCUUGUUCCCUCUUGCACUUUAUUUUAGUGAGGUUGAACACUCUAACAAAUUUAUGCUUUUAUGGUUUUAAAAAGGGUAAUUGAAUGUGUAUGCUUUACUGUAUUUAAACUUCCUAUUUAUGUACCCUGGUGUUUUGCAAUGUCAGAAGACUUUGGCUGUUCCAUAUGUUGAAGAACAUUGUAAGUGUACCUCGAUCAUUUGAAAACAAGUCAAGUUUUUCCCUUAAUCCCAAUAUACAUGAAAGGCAGCAGAUGUAUCCAAAUGCCAAAAGUAUUUUGGUUAGCUUAUGAGUUAUUUUUGUGAUUGUCGUGUUUUUUGCAGUGCCCACAAACCAUUGCAUAACUUCACUGGAACCAGUAAGUGUCUUUAUUGCCUUGUUACACAGGAAAUGGAAGUGUUUGGUUACAGUCUACACAGGGACAGUUUAGUUACAAUCUCUCACCCUAUAUAGUAUUUUUUUUUUUACCAUGUAUUUGUCUUCCUAAGUUGAAUGUUGUGUUGUAAUCAGUAUCUGGGUUUGGCAUUAUCUGGUUUUGUUUAUUUCUGUUCACUGUCAAGAGGGAAGUUACAUUUCAGAGCUUGCCAAGUUUCUUGUUUUAUUCUAAUUCACACAUUACCACUUUUCAAUAUUCAAAUAGUUGAGUGCAGUUUUUAAUUAAAUGUGCAUGUUGCCCAUAAAAGCUUCUGUUAUACUUAAAAUAAAUCUUUUACAGGAGAAUUACUCAGAUUUAACCUGCUAAUAUACCACUGCACAGAAAUCCUUCAUGGCACAUUAAGCACAUGCCUGUGCUUACAUGGCGGUUAAUGUUUUCUGGUAUGUUACUAUAUACAUAAGGGACUAAUAGUAAUAAGUUUGAACCAUGUGCUUUUCUAGUGUGGAGUUUGUAAUUGUGGCCUCAGUCUACAGCAAUGAAUCCUGUGCCUAAACCUUGUCUCACUGUGACGCUUACUGUCUAUCUGUAGGCCUACAUCAUUCAAAGCUGCCAAAAGCGCUAGAAAAAAAACAUAGCACAGUAAGAAAAUGCAGGUAGUUGUAUUUUUACUUAAAAAUGCUGGAAUUUAAACAUGUACUGCUUUUUAUAGUCCAGAUUUUGAAUUUGUAAUCCAUCUUGUUAUUUCGUGGCACUUGUAUACACGUUACAGAUUAUUUGAAUAAGUUAGGAGGCUUCUAUUGAAAAUUGAAUUUUUGUUGGCUUUUAAGUUAACUUUAGUUGCAUAUUAUAACAAAUGAUGGUUAAUAGCCAAAGAAACCAUCUGUAUGUUUUUGACUGCUUCAAAUAAACAUUGGGUUCUAAUUCAACAAUCUAGUGAAAAUUGAUUUGUAAUUUAAAUUUGGCUGGAUUUCUCAGUCCCCCUUUUAUAGAUCUAGCCCUUACCCUGACUCCAAAAUGUUUGUGCAUCAGUGCAGACCAUGCAAUAAUUAUUCUGUAUUCAGUAAAACAAAUUCAUUUAAAAACAUAUGCAUUCAGACUAUAUUUAUUGUGACUUUUUAAAAUGAGACUAACAUUUAUCACACUUGGGAGAUUUAAUAUUACAAAUUCUCAUGAUCAAUUCCCAUUAGCAAAUACACAGCAGCUUAAGUAGUCCUUCUAAAUACAUACAGAAAAUUGAGGUUCAAAAAAACAAAAGUGCAUUGUAAUGUUUCAAGCAAUGGUCAUCAACAUGGAAAAACAGGUACUAUGCCUGUCAACCAUACAAUUUUGUGACUCUUUAAAUGAAAUGGUGGGUAUAAAAGGGAUACUUAACCCAAAAAUGAAAAUCAUCAUUUACUUAUCCUCAAGUUGUGCCAAACUUGUAUGAGUUUCUUU